AUGAAAACAGUAGCAGAUAUAACAAUCUUAAAACUAAAAAAUGGUAAAUUAACAUACACAUUAACAUUAAAACAAAUUACAAUCACAACCAUACAACAAGAAUUAGCAAACGCAAUAAACAACUCAGGUGGAUUACAAACGAGCAGCAUAAAAGAAGAACUUGACGAAGAAGAAGAUAUACCAGUACCCAAAUCUGAAUUUGACCAAGAAAUUAAGCAAGAAGAUGAUGAUAUGUUAGAUGAAGAUAAUAUACCAGUCCCUAAAUCAGAGUUUGAAAUAAAUGAAGAAAUUGACUCGAACACAAUCAAGGUAGAGGCAGAAUCAUUGAGGUUUGCAUUUCCAAAAGAUAAUUCUUCACCGUAUGAUAAUAAAUGGAUAGAAUUAGAUGAUGAAAAUUUUAGUGAUAUAGAUUUUAAAGACUUUCAAAUACUUGCGUUCGCUACUAAUGAAGAUGAAGAGUUUAAUAUUAUUGAAGCUGUUGCUGUUGAUGAAUAG